AUGACUUGCACAGCCCCUAGACUUGAGCCCGAAGGGCUUCCCUACGCCAAGGACAAUGCUGGCUCUAAUGUCACAAAUUCAGAAACCUCGAAUGCAGUACCGAUUGCCAUCUGCGGCAUUGGCAUGCGGCUACCAGGCGGGCUGGACACCCCAUCAGCACUCUACGACUUCCUCGCCGCAGGGAGGGACGCACGCGCCCCUCCGGAGCGGGAGAGAUUCGACUCAAAAUCCCAUUCUUUCAGGAACGUCGACGGCAAGAGCCAAACACUGCCGGCGCAUGAGGGCUACUGGCUGUCGAACAAGGACGUGACUGCUUAUGAUCCGUCCCUGUUCCCAAUGAGCCAGAAAGAGGCGGUAAAAAUGGACCCGACACAGCACUUGCUGCUCCAGGUCUCCUGGGAGGCACUCGAGAGCGCAGCAGAGAGAGACUGGGAGGGUAAAAAUAUUGGUUGCUACGUGGGUAGCUUCGGGGAUGACUGGCGGGAGAUGCACUCCAAGGACGACCUGGAUGAUGGGCCGUAUCGUCUCACAGGAUACAUGCCUUUCGCACAAGCGAAUCGUGUAUCUUAUGCCCUGAACUUGCAUGGCCCAAGCAUGACGCUCCGGACGGCCUGCUCAGCUGCGGGUCUAGCCGUGCACCUGGCCUGCCAGGGGAUACGAGCCGGCGACUGCGACAGCGCCCUGGUCGCCGGCGCGAACCUGAUUCUAUCGCCCGGCUUCGCGCGACUCAUGGCCGAGCAGGGUGUGCUGUCGCCGGACGCAUCGUGCAAGACGUUCGACGCCGAGGCCGACGGGUACGCGAGGGCCGACGCGGCCAGCUGCCUGUUCAUCAAGCGGUUGGACCACGCAAUACGCGACGGCAACCCGGUGCGGGCCAUUAUCCGGGGCUCGGCCACCAACAGCGACGGCAAGAAGGCCGGGCUCACGACGCCCAGCCCGCAGGCUCAGGAGCAGGUGAUCCGGGCGGCUUACAGACAGGCCGGCAUAGAUGAUGACGACGUCUGCAAGACGGCAUUUGUAGAGUGCCACGGGACCGGCACGGCGGUCGGCGACAUGGUCGAGGGGUGCUCGGUCGGCGCCGUCUUUGGCGACACGGGGAUCCAUAUAGGUUCGGUGAAACCAAAUCUCGGCCAUUCUGAGGGUGCGUCAGCCCUGACGAGCAUCAUCAAGUCUGUUGUUGCCCUUGAACGUCGGACAAUCCUACCCAACAUCAAGUUCAAGCGCCCUAAUCCGAGGAUCCCGUUCAAAUCGGCAAGCUUACAAGUGCCCACCGCACGCAUUCCCUGGCCCACUGACCGUCUCGAAAGGGUCAGCAUAAACAGCUUCGGGAUAGGGGGAACAAAUGUCCAUAUUAUCCUGGACUCUGCCGCCUCUUUCAUCGCGGGCGGAUCGUCCCGGCCAGCGCCAGCACCAUCACCACACUCCCCUCCCCCCUCGCCGCCACCAGGACAACAGGGCGCAUCGCUGCUGGUCUUGUCCGCCGGCAGCGAGAAGUCACUCAAGAUGAUGGUGGAGCAGUACAAGGACUACCUGCACCGUCACCCUGCCGCCCUGGACCGGCUCGCAUACACGCUGGCCCACGGCCGGCCCACGCUGCCCUUCCGGACCUUUUGCGUCGCACAGCAGCCUGAUGAUCUCAACACGUCCGCGUGGCCAACCAUCAGGCCCGUUCCGGGGGCGAACAGGGCCGUCUUCGUCUUCACGGGCCAGGGCGCGCAGUGGCCUCGCAUGGGCGCCGAGCUGAUCAAGACUUCGCGCGAGUUUCGCGAGGACAUCAAAUACAUGGACGCCGCACUGAAGCGGCUCCUGCCCGUCUCCCACCGCCCGAGAUGGACCCUCUCCGGCGAGCUGCUUCGGCCCCAGGGCAGCUCGCGCCUGGGCGAGGCCGAGUUUGCGCAGCCUGCGUGCACGGCGCUGCAGGUCGCCCUGGUGCGGCACCUGGCGCGCUAUGACAUCCCUCCGGCAGCCGUCGUCGGCCACUCUAGCGGCGAGAUCGCAGCAGCAUUUGCGGCCGGGGUUCUGUCGAUGGAGGAGGCCGUCAUCGUCGCGUUCUACCGCGGAUGGGUGGUCCAGUCCAGGCUAAAGAGGAAGGGAUCGAUGGCCGCGGUCGGCCUGGGAAGGGAGCAGGUCAAUCGGUUUGUCAAGGCCACUCCUGGCGUCAGCAUUGCCUGUGAGAACAGCGACAGGAGCGUCACCCUGUCUGGCGACGCCCGUGGCCUCCAGGACGUGCUCGACACCAUCAAGAUGACCCACAAAGACGCCUUUGUGCGUCUUUUGAAAGUCGACGCGGCCUACCACUCCGAUCACAUGAAGGAAAUCGGUGACAAAUACCGAUCCCUCGUCACGCCGUUUGUCAAGCCCCAGCAGCCAAAGGUGCCUUUCAUCUCCAGCGUGACCGGCGAAACUCUCUCAGAAGCCCAGGAUUUCGGACCUGAGUACUGGCAACGAAAUCUUGAAAACCCUGUUCUCUUCCGUCAGGCCGUGAGCAGGCUUGUCCAGGGGCCGUCGGCCGCGCAUGUACACCUCGAGGUUGGCCCGCACUCAGCUCUCGCCGGUCCGCUGAAGCAUAUCUAUGACGAGAACAGGUUGCAGGUCUCGUACACUUCGGUGCUCAGACGUGCAUCCAACGACUCGUGCGAGCUGCUCGCCGCCGUCGGCCACCUGCACUGCCUGGGCACACUGGUGCGGCUGCCGGUGCCCGACGACGACGACGCGGCCCAGCCGCUCAUAGACCUCCCACCGUACCCUUGGGAUCUUUCCAGGACGUACUGGCCCGAGGGGCGGACCCUGAGGGAAUGGCAGGCCCCGCGAGCGCCCUCGCACGAGCUACUGGGCCAGCGGGUGCGGCAGGUCAGUGACGCGGCACCCCAGUGGCGGUGUGCGCUGUCGCUCGAGUCGGUGCCGUGGAUCGCUGACCACCGCAUCCGUCGCAAUGCCAUGCUUCCCGCUGCGGCAUAUAUCGCCAUGGCGGGCGAGGUGGUGCAUCAGCUGACUGCUGCUGCUGGAGUGAAAAGAGGGGGCUUUGUGCUGCGGGAUUUGCAUAUCCAGACAGCUUUGGUGAUGCGUCCCGGCCAGGUUGUCGAGAUUGUCACCGAAGCACGCCCUGAAUCGGAGACGGGACCUGAUGAGUCUGCAUGGUUGGAGAUUUCCAUCAGGUCUUUCCAGCCUGGUCGGGCCGAAGGGGACGAUGGCGACGGCAUAUGGACCGAACACUGCAGCUGCCGGAUCAGAGCAGCCGACAGCCAGAAGAGCUUGCCCUGUGUGAGCAGUUACAAGUACGGAAUUGGAAUGCUAGACGGCUUAGAGAAUACAUGCGUGCGCGGGGCCGAUCCUGCAACAUGGUACAAGGCCAUGACAAGAGUAGGAUACAACUAUGGUCCACGGUUCAGGGGCGCACACGAUAUCCGAACGUCGGCAAGGUCGCUAGCCGCGCAUGUUCGUGUCGCACUCCAAGGCAGCCAGGAGGCCUUGCUCAAGACUGGUGCAGAAACGGGUCAUCCAGGCAGUCAUUACGCCGUCCACCCGACAGCCAUCGAUCAUGUUCUCCAGGCAAUGAUCGUCGCCGCCCAUGGCGGACAGACACGUCUACUGGAGAAACUAUGGCUCCCAGUGAGAAUUGACGAGAUCUUCGUGGGCCGAGAGCACGUCGGAGACUUUCAAAUCAUGGUCAAGGCGUCGAGCCCUGGUUGUGGUGAUGCAGUCUGCAAAAUAGACUCGCACGAGGAUGUUAACGCUGCACAGCGUCCAAUAUCCUAUUUCAGGGGGAUUCGUCUUGCCCCAGUGGAGAGUCUGGAGAGUGGUAGUACGAGUCACGGCGCCAUCGAGCUUGUCUGGAAAGCAGACAUCGAUCUGAUCAGUCCUUCGGCUCUGGUAAAGAGAGCGACCGCGGAGGGAUUUGAGGAGACACACUCUGAUCUCCAUGAGCUUUUCACUCUCUGCGCACUGGAACUCAAGGAGAAACUUCCUCCUCCUUCGGGACUCGGAUUGGGGCCAUCCAUAGCCGGGUCGAACCUGCACCUUGCCAAACAGUACGACUGGCUCAAGAGCUACACUCCUGAUCAAGAUAAGAUCUCGAGCUGGGAAUCAGGACAGGCGCCCGGCAGAAUUGAGAGCUUGGCAAGAAAGUUGAAGGGAACUUCAGGAGCAGCCGCGGCCAGCUUGGUCAUGCAAUGUCAUACCCAUGCCCGGGCGCUCUUCAGUGGCGAUGCAAGCCCCCUGGACCUGUUCCUCCAGGACAACGCCCUCCACCAUCUUUACGACUGGAUGAAUUCUCUGUGGUCGUAUCGAUGCCUGCUGCAGCUCCUCUCUCACCAGCGCGGGCGAAACCUUAAGAUUCUGGAGAUCGGCGCCGGCACAGGUGGGUUGACCGCACGAGUCCUGCGAGACCUGAAGGAGGAGGAUGUGGAGGAGACAGGUAGCAACAGCACGACUGAUGAAAGGGCCACAUUCGGCAAGUACGUCUUCACCGAUGUCUCAGCUGGUUUCUUCCCAGCCGCCAAGAAGCGGUUUGCCACCUUGGUGCCGCCACAGCUGAUGGAGUACCGCGUGCUGGACAUCAGCCGCCCGCCGCAGGAGCAGGGCUUCGGGACGUGCGAGUACGACCUGGUCAUUGCCAGCAAUGUGCUACACGCGACACCCUAUCUCACGCAGACGCUGCGCCACGUGCGGACGCUGCUGCGGCCCGACGGGAGGCUGCUGCUGCAGGAGCUGGCGUGCGGCGUCCAGUCCAAGUGGAUCAACUUCGUCAUGGGCUUCCUACCAGGCUGGUGGCUGGGGCAGGCCGAUGCGCGCGCCAACGAGCCGUACCUGGCGCCCGAGGAUUGGCACCACCGCCUGGUGGACGCCGGGUUCGGCGCCCCAGAGCUCGUCGCGCUCGAUGCCGACGCGCCGCUGCAGCUAAACGCGACCAUGCUCGCCCGCCCCGGUCCCGUCACCGCCAACGCUGAGGCUGGGGCCAAGUCCUCCUGUCCCACAGUCACGCUGCUGGUGCCGCCCGAGUGUGAAGGCGCCGCCGAGAGCCUUCCUGCUAUUGUGCGGGAGCUGGAAGGAUGGCUCCUGGAUCACGGGCACCGGGUCUCUCGGGUGUCGAUCUGUCAGCCCCUAGACGUUUCUGCUGACAGCCACCAGAGACAUGUCUUCGUGUCCGCCAUCGACCUCUGCCUACAGGACGGGUGGUUUCACAACCUCACAGAGGAGAAGCUCGCCGGCUUCCAGCGUCUAGCCGGCGAGUUGCAGGCCGCCAACGCCGGCUUGCUGUGGUUGACACAACCGUGCCAGAUCCGUCCAAGCAACCCGAGCUUCGCACAAUGCCUGGGGAUUGCAAGGACCGUCCGAGCCGAGUUGGGAGUGCGCUUUGCUACCCUCGAGCUUGAUUUAGUUGACGAUGGCGGCAGAGACGAGCCUUCCGUGGGACUAGAGCAUGCGAUUCGAGCCAUUCAGUCUUUUGUCCAGAAAGGCCUCGCCGAAGACAACAACCAGACAAGUGAUGGCGCACCAGGCCAAGAUAUGGAACUAGCCUACUGCUCCGUAGCGAAGGGGAUCGUAAUCCCGCGUGCCCGCCCCGUAUCAAUCCGCAGUGCCAUCCACAUCAGUGCCACCGACGGAGAGGGCGGCCGUACAGCCAUCACAAAGCUCAGGGCUGCGCGUACCGGGUCUCUGGAGGGUCUGGAGUGGACCUCAGUGCCGCAGACCAAGUCUCGCCCUCCGCCUACAACACCACUCCCAUCUGGAGCGGUCCGGGUCCGGGUCCAGGCCGCCGGUCUCAACUUCAAAGACGUCAUGGUUGCUAUGGGCCUUCUCGGCGUCCCCGGCUCAGAAGACGCACAAAAUCAAGGCUUGCCGCUGGGUUGCGAGGCCGCAGGCGUCGUCACGGCCGUGGGCACCUCGGUCUUGUCACAGCAGCGCUUCAGCGUCGGGGACCGCGUCGCCGUAUUCGCGCCGCAAGCGGGCUGCUUCUCUACUGAGGUCGAAGUCGACGCGCGGCUGUGCGCCCGCAUCCCCGAAUGCCUGUCGAUGAGUGAAGCGGCGGGCAUGCCCUGCGUCUUCACGACCGUGCUGCGCGGACUGGCCGACAAGGCAGGCUUAGCCCCGGGCCAAACAGUGCUGAUCCAUAGCGGCGCCGGCGGCGUGGGCCUCGCCGCCCUUCAAGUCGCGCAACACUUGGGAGUAGUGCCAGCCAACAUAUACGCGACAGCAGGGUCCGACGAAAAGCGAGAGUUCCUCGCCGAGCAGCAUGGGUUGCCGCCUGGCAAUAUCUUCAGCUCGAGGGACGACUCGUUCGUGGACGACAUCAUGAGGGCGACGCGCGGGCGCGGCGUCGACGUGGUACUCAACUCGCUCUCGGGGGACCUAUUGCACGCGUCGUGGGGCUGCGUCGCCGGCGGCGGAACCCUCGUCGAGCUGGGCAAACGGGACGUGCUCACACGUGCCAGGCUAGCCAUGGCGCCUUUCGACGACAACCGCUCCUUCGUGGCCGUCGAUAUGGCGCGCCUGGCUGUCCAGAACCCGUCUGUCGUGGGUCGACUGUUAGAGCAGACACUCGAUCUGUACAAGCAGAAGGCCAUCGCACCAGUGCAGCCACUACGCCUUUUUGGCUGCGUCGAGGUCGAGGAUGCCUUCCGCCAGCUUUCGAAGCCAUCGCACGUCGGCAAGGUCGUUGUCGACAUGAGCCACUGCGCGGCAUUGAAGCCUAAACCCAAGAACGGCGUGUCUGUGUCGAUGUCGGUUCCUGUUCCCGCGCCUGGGCUUGAUCCGGAAGCGGUUUAUCUGCUGGUUGGUGGCCUUGGUGGCCUCGGCAUAUCUAUUUCACGGUGGAUGGCGUCCCACGGUGCUAAAUCGCUGGCCAUGCUCUCUAGAUCUGGUGGUGAGAGCGAGGCAGCCAGUGACGUGCUAGCGGAGCUUUUCGAAAUGGGCUGCAAGGUCACAGCCGUGGCCUGCGAUGUAACUGACGAGGAUGCGGUUCGGGAAGCCAUAUCUCAAGUGUCCUCGAGCACACAGAGGCCCAUUGCUGGUGUCCUGUUUCUCCCUAUGGUCUUGGCUGAUGCCGCGCUCCCAGACAUGACCAUUAGCAAAUGGCGAGCAGCGACCGAUCCCAAGAUCCGUGGGUUGUGGAACAUACACAACUCUCUGUCAAAGUCGUCGCAUUUAGACUUCUUCGUCCUGUUCGGCAGCACGUCUGGCUUUUGCGGUCAUCCCGGCCAGGUCAACUACGCCGCCGCCAACUCGUUCCUCGACGCUUUUGCCCAGUACCGCCGGGGACUUGGUCUGCCGUGUUCCGUCGUCGAUAUCGGACCCGUCGAGGACGUUGGCCACGUCAGCAGAGUCAAAGAAAUCCAGGACACAAUGGCGAGAUCUGGGGCCCGGCUUGUAUCCGAGAGGCAGAUGCUGGAAGCUGUACAGCUUGCCAUGCUAAGCUCGACGGUCACGCCCUCCCAGGUCCAAGGAUGGGGCAUCGACCGUGGUCUUUUGGUUCAGGGACAAGUCGGCGUCGGCUUCGACGUGGAAAUACCGCUGGAAGAUGCCCGGAACUCGGUUGUGUGGAAGAGGGACGCAAGAAUGGUGAUGCUCCGCCCUGGCGUGCUUGGGCCCCGAAAUUCAGCAUUCGAGCCAGGCCCGUCAUCUAAUGGCCUGACCGACUUCAUCUCACAUCUGCGGAGCGAACCGACCGAGUUGGAUAGUCCGUCCACAUUGAUCCUGAUUGCACGCGAGAUCGCGUCUCGGCUCUUCAGUUUGUUAUCGCGAGAAAUGGACCAUGCAGACGAAGGCGUUUUGGCGUCCGUCUCGUUGGAAUCCCUUGGCAUUGAUUCUUUGAUGACUAUCGAGCUAAAGGAGGCGAUCACGAGGAUCUCAAUCCAGUUGAUGCAGCUGAAGUAG